AUGCAUCGGAGGGGAAAUGGAAGGUUUUGGGGUAGAAAAAGAGGAGAUAGGGGAAAGGGACCGCCAAGAGAUCGACCAACAUUUCACAGCAGAAACGUUUACAUUGUAGCAGCUCCACUUUUAUUCAUAUUUGCUAUCCUUCGAAUUAUUGCCUAUCAGUUGUGGGUGGUUUUGGAGAUUCUGGUUGGGAGAUCGAAAGCCAUCCUGCCUUCGGCAUGUCUACCGAACCAAAAGGGAAAAUACAAAUGCCAAUCUGAAGCAGAGGAAGGCAUGUCGGGGGCUGCCAAAGUGAGUGUGGGACCCGCGGCCCCGGCCCUGGCCACACAGAAACAUCACCACAGGAAAGCAUUCGAGUACAUCUCAAAAGCACUCAAGAUUGAUGAGGAAGACUCAGAGAGAAAAGAGCAAGCUAUUGAGAUGUACAAGAAAGGCAUUGCAGAGCUGGAAAAAGGAAUUGCUGUCAAUGUUGGCCAUGGUCAAGGUGACCACUGGGACAAGGCUCGUCGACUACAGCAGAAGAUGAUGACCAACAUGGUGAUGGCCCAGGACAGACUGGACAUCCUUGAUAAGAUGCUACAUUCCUUAGCUGUAACUUCCGUCCCUACUGAUGGUGCUACAUGUUUACCCAGUCCGUCCGAAAUGUCAGAAACCAAGGAAAAAACACAUCCCUUCCCUUGUGCCAAGUACAGCACAGACACAAAAUCCACUGUUCGUGCCAGGAAACCUAUUGGAAAAGAUGUACCCAAAAGCAAUAUUAAGACUAAAUCAGAUGAACCCACAGCAUCCUGUAAAAUGUGGAAACCAAUGAAGCAGCCCCUGGCAGUACACAAGAGCAACACCCUCCCUCGUAAUAGUCGUCCUGCCAGCACUGGAGGGUCCUCCUCUGCUACUUCCUCUCCGGCACGCAAGUUCUCGCACCAAAGGCAGCACUCACAGCAGAACCCAGGGGGCCGUCCUGCAAAGAAAGACUUGUCUUCCCUUAAGUUGAAGAACAUAGACAAGAAGCUUGCCGAGACCAUCAUUAAUGAAAUUGUGGACACAGGUCCUCCAGUGCAGUUCAAGGACAUCGCUGGCCAGGAAACAGCAAAACAAGCUCUCCAUGAAAUUGUGAUACUGCCAGCCUUACGACCAGAGUUAUUUACUGGUCUUCGGGCACCAGCAAGGGGUCUGCUGUUGUUUGGCCCUCCAGGGAAUGGUAAAACCAUGUUGGCUAAAGCAGUAGCAAAUGAGUCCAAUGCUACUUUCUUCAACAUUAGUGCCUCAAGUCUCACAUCCAAAUGGGUCGGGGAAGGUGAGAAGUUGGUGAGGACAAUGUUUACCUUGGCACGGGAACUUCAGCCUUCUGUUGUGUUCAUGGAUGAAAUUGAUUCGUUACUUUGUGAAAGAAGAGAAGGAGAAAAUGAUGCCAGUCGACGUCUGAAGACAGAAUUCUUAGUGCAGUUUGAUGGGGUGGCAGGGAGUUCAGAUGACCGUGUGUUGAUAAUGGGGGCAACAAACAGACCACAGGAACUGGAUGAUGCUGUCCUGAGACGGUUUGCCAAGAGAGUGUAUGUGAAUAUGCCAGGAAAGGAAACUCGAAAGUCAAUGCUUACACAACUAUUGGCAAAACACAGUAACCCACUGACCAGUGACGAACUGUCCGAAGUGGCAAGGUUGACUGAAGGAUACUCAGGCAGUGACCUCAAUGCCUUGGCUAAAGAUGCGGCACUGGGACCAAUCAGGGACUUGUCAGCAACAGAGGUCAAGACUGUGGAUGCAAAUAAGGUGCGGGGUAUAAAGUACAGUGACUUCAUGGAGUCUAUUCGUCGAAUCAGGAAAAGUGUGCCUGUGGAUACAUUAUCAAAGUAUGAACAAUGGAACAUGGAAUAUGGAGCCCUGGGGGUUUGAAUAUAUGGAAGCAGGAACAUGAGGAGUGGCAGAAUGCUGGGACGAAAAAGGCACGACAGAUGCCGCACAGUCACAAUUAGGCAUGCUCAGUAAUCUCACUCAACAUUAUAUUUAGUAGGGGGGUUUUCUAAAUUCUAGCCUGACACAUUCAUAUUUUUUACUGUUCAAUGAAGAAUACUUUGGUACAAGUUUUACACUGAAUACACCAGCUUUUAAAGUAAAUGCUUGAAAAAUAAUGAAAAUAUUACUCAUGGUUUGCAUUCUGUACAGGGCUUAAGUUGUAACUGGAUACAUGUAUAUCUUAAGUAUAUAGCAUUGA